AUGUUGCUCGACGAGAAUCCGUCUACGCUCAUUCACCACACAAUCGGCAACUUCAACAUCGCCCCGGACAAACAAGCCGUCUCCCGCAUCAAUGAUUCGCUCGCGACCCUCCAGCAAUCGCGCGAGCUGCGCAUGCGCGAAGCUGAAUCCUCCCUCCGCAAGCUCUCACGCCAUCUCCAGUCCCUAAGCACACAACAUGAGGAGGCCGUCGCCGCUCACGACGCAAGCAAACAUGCCGCCGCCAUGGUCGAGCUCGACACGAAGAAAUUUCGCAUCGCCAAGGCCGCGUCGGAACUGGAGAUCGAGAGUGAGCGUCUUGAAGGUGAGCUGGAGAUGUUGAAGGAGAGGCUGGCAGAUCUAGAGGCGCAGGGCCUCGAGGGCGAUGAGGCAACGCGGAGGGAGAGGGAGGCUGAUGAUGCUAUCUUGCUACGUUUGAAGAUUUACCGGGCUUUGGGCAUCGAUAUCGAGCCUGAUGAAGCGGGCAACUUCACCAAGGCUGUUAUCCGUAACAGCCGCAAGGGAGAUGUGCACGUUGUCAACCUGGAUCCGAAGUUCUCGCGCUUUUUCUACGCCAACUACUUCUGGUCAACUAUGCAGGGUUGA